AUGGCUUUACUCCUCGCGCUCUCGUCCAUCUGUCUGAUUUUUCUCGUAUACAAACGAGUUAAACGCAUCUCAAUUGCCAACAUUCGUGGGCCACCAUGGAAAUCUUGGCUCUAUGGAAACUUUCCUGAACUCUUCAAAGGCGAAGCGGCAGAAGUCGACUUUAAAUGGCAAGAGCAGUAUGGCGACGUUGUCCGAGUCCGAGCGCCGUUGGGAGAAGAUCGUCUCCUGGUGUCUGACCCCAAAGCCCUUCAGUACAUAUAUCAAACCAGCGGCUAUAGAUUCAUAAAACCCCCAGGUGGUAAGGAGCUCCGACGGCUGCUCACAGGGACCGGAAUUGCCUUUGUCGAAGGUGAGGACCACAAGAGACAUCGCAAAGUUCUCCUACCAGGUUUCGGAGGUCCCGAAGCAAAAUUUUAUGUACCGGUUUUUUUCACGCAAUCCGGAAAGAUGGCGUCAAAAUGGAAGGAGAUGAUCUCCACGAGUGACGAACAGUGUGCCGUUAUCGACGUUCAUUCGUGGACGUCCCGUGCGACAUUGGAUGCCAUCGGCGAGGCGGCAUUUGAUUAUCAGUUUGGCGCGCUCGACAACUCGGCCGAACCUCUAACCGUCGCGUACACAAAUUUGAUGUUUGAUACUUUCGCCGUCACUACCGACAACAGUGCCCUAUCUAUGUGCCUGAUGGACCUGUUACCUCAAUGGAUUGUACGACUUUUCGUUCAGAAGGCGCCAAUCAAACGACUGGAGCAUCUUAGAACGGCACAUGACUUGACCGUUCAGGUCGCGAAGCAGUUGCUGAAGGAGAAAUAUGAAGCACUUGCCGCGGAAAAACCCAAGAGAGAUAUCAUGAGUUUGUUGGUGAAAGCAAAUCUUUCGGAAAAUCCAAAGACGCAACUCAGCGUCGAAGAGCUAGUCGGUCAGAUGAACACGAUCAUGUUUGCGGGCCACGAAACGACUGCCACUGCACUCUCCUGGACAUUUCUCGAACUCGCGAGACGCCCUGAAGUACAAGACCGGCUAAGGACCCAAAUCAGAGAGAAAGAAAGAGCCAUUUUUGCUCGUGGUGAUACCGAGUUUUCCGUCCAGGACUUGGAUAGCAUGCCUUAUCUGACUGCGGUCGUGAAGGAGGUGCUUCGAUUCCAUCCUGUUGUUUUUAAUACGGUUAGGCAGGCAGCUCAGGACAACGUAAUCCCAUUGAGCAAGCCUGUGACUUUGACGACGGGAAAGGUGGUGCAAGAGAUAGCAGUACCCAAGGGGACAACCAUCAUCGCAUCGAUUGCUGGCUACAAUAGGCACAAAAGUGUGUGGGGAGAAGAUGCACAUGUUUUCGAUCCCGCUCGGUGGCUCGCGGGAAAUACUAAUAAGGAGGUACCAAUUGGCGUCUACGGGAACUUAUUCACGUUUUCUGGAGGACUUAGGUCUUGUAUCGGCUGGCGAUUUGCUGUCCUCGAACUCCACGCGUUCAUUGUAGAGGUCAUCAAUAACUUUGAGUUUUCGUUGACCAAGGAAUCUGAGCGGAUUCGGAGGGAGGCUUGUGGUAUGAUGGCGCCGACGGUGGAAGGGGAGGUGCAGAAAGGUUCUCAGUUGCCAUUGAGAGUAACGAUUGCGUCUCGCCAAUGA